AUGGAGCUUCGUCGCCUCAACUUUUUUGUUCUUUUACUCGCCAACGCCGUGUUUGUCAGCCUCCAGUCCAAAGAACAAGUAUUGCUGGACAUGAGGUCUUCGGGAGGAGAGCUGGGCUGGCUGACGCUGCCAUAUGAGAACGGGUGGGAGAUCGUCCAGACAGUGGUGAACAGCUCACUCUUCUACACUUACAGCGUUUGCAACAUAGAAUCCACAGAUCAGGACAACUGGUUACGCACCACAUUCAUCCAGCGGCGUCCGGGCACCACUCGCGUCUCUGUGGAACUCCGCUUCAUUGUGCGCGACUGCAACAGCUUCGACGGCGCGUCCGUGUCUUGCAAGGAGACUUUCAAUUUCUUUAUCUACGAGACUGAUGCCGACGUUGGCACCAACUUCCGCAAGAGCCAGUUUCGCAAGGUGGCCACCAUUGCUCCCGACGAGGUGACGCGGGAUCAGACGCUCCUGGUCAACACCGAGACGAGGACGGUGGGCCCGCUGUCUCGGAAGGGCUUCUACCUGGCGUUCCAGGACAUGGGCGCCUGUGUGGGGCUCCUCUCGGUGCGUGUCUACUACAAGACGUGCCCGUCCACCGUGCAGAGCUUGGCGUCUUUCCCGGAAACGGUGGCAGAUGCUUUGCGGGAGGUGGAGGGCGCCUGCGUGGAUAAUGCCGUGAGUCAGUCCACCCCACGCAUCUACUGCACCGCAGAGGGCGAGUGGGUGGUACCCGUGGGCCAGUGCCAGUGUCUCGCAGGCUACGAAACCACCGGGGAGGCGUGCCAAGAAUGCAAGCCUGGCUACUUCAAGCCAACCGUGAGUGCCGAUCUGUGUCUGGUGUGUCCUGCCAACACGAAGCCCUCCAUGGCCGGCGCCAGUCUCUGCGAGUGCGAGGACGGGUUCUUCCGCUCGCCAUCAGACCCGCCCACCUCGCCGUGUUCCGCUCCACCUAGCGCUCCCCGUGACCUGACAGCCACCACCCUGUCUGCGGAUGGCCGGCUACAGCUAUCCUGGAGUUCGCCGCUAAUGACUGGGGGCCGCGCCGACCUCACCUACAGCGUACUGUGCGAGCAGUGCGAUAGGGUCUCGUGUGUCCCCUGUGGCGAGAAGGUUCGCUUUGAGCCAGGGUCCGCAGACCUGUGGGACACAGAGGUUGUCGUCACCGACCUGGACUCUCAUCUCAACUACACAUUUACGGUGGAGGCGCACAGCGGGGUGUCCCAGUAUGGUGGUGCCAGGCCUACUGCCACCAUAACUACUGCUCUGGACUACACUGAUCCCCCAAAGGUGACGUUGAUCCAUUUGGAUGAUCGCAGCCCCACCAGCUUGUCUCUGUCAUGGGCUCUGUCUCGCCGACCUCCAGCGCACAUCAGUCAUCGCUAUGAGCUCAUGUACCGCAGAAAAGAUGACGACGGAGUGCGUGAUGUAACCACCUACACAGUCCUGAUCCUGGACAAGAGCUCCGUGCACAUUAACGACCUUACUCCAGACACGACCUACAUGUUUAGGGUGCAGGCUCUCAGUCCCGAGGGGAACCCCGGAAGCUACAGCACGGAGUAUGAAUUCCACACACCGCCACUAGCCGAAUCACAGAUCCAGAGUCCCUCCACUAUGGUGAUGGGAGCAGUUGCUGGAGUCGCUGUUGUUCUGCUCGUAGUUGUGGCUGUCCUGUUGCUACGUAAGAGGCGGCUGAGAUCUCAUGGUCGAGGAGGACCUGAGGAUCCCUACUUUUCAUCAGAUCAGUUGAAGCCUCUAAAAACCUACGUGGAUCCACAUAUGUACGAGGACCCCAACAUCGCCAUCCAAAAGUUUGUCACGGAAAUUGACCCGAAUGCCAUCAGCAAGCAAAAAGUAAUCGGCGUGGGUGAGUUUGGCGAAGUGUUCCGAGGCGUGAUGAAGUCCCCCGCCCGAGGGGAGGUGGCCGUAGCCAUCAAGACCCUCAAGCCAGGCUACUCCGAAAAGCAAAGGCAAGACUUCUUGAGCGAGGCCAGCAUCAUGGGCCAGUUCUCGCACCCCAACAUCAUUCGUCUGGAGGGAGUCGUCACCAAAUUCAAGCAUGCCAUGAUAGUGACUGAGUACAUGGAGAACGGAGCUCUUGACAUCUAUCUCAAGGAUCGCGAUGGUGAGAUUCCAGCCUACCAGCUCGCAGGAAUGCUGCGCGGAAUUGCCGCCGGCAUGAAGUACCUCUCAGACAUGAACUACGUGCACCGGGACCUGGCGGCGAGGAACGUUCUGGUCAACAGUGACCUGGAGUGCAAAGUGUCCGACUUUGGGCUGUCACGGGUCCUAGAGGAUGACGCCGAGGGGACGUAUACAACCAAAGGAGGUAAAAUCCCCAUCCGCUGGACGGCCCCUGAAGCAAUUGCCUAUAGGAAAUUCACUUCAGCCAGCGACGUGUGGAGCUUUGGCAUCGUCAUGUGGGAAGUCAUGGCCUUUGGCGAGCGGCCCUACUGGGACAUGAGCAACCAUGAGGUCAUGAAAGCUAUCAACGAGGCCUUUAGGCUGCCCGCCCCCAUGGACUGCCCCUCUGCCAUUUACCAGCUCAUGCUCCAGUGUUGGCAACACGACCGCUCCAAGAGGCCUCGCUUUACUGACAUCGUAAACAUCCUGGACAAGCUGCUUCAGAGUCCUGAGUCUUUGAGCACUAUCGCAGACUUUGAUCCACGCGUGUCCAUCCGCUUGCCCAGUACCAGCGGCUGCGACGGCACCAUGUUCCGCUCAGUUCCAGAGUGGCUGGAGUCUAUCAAAAUGAGCCAGUAUAACGAGAGCUUUGCCCGGGCAGGGGUCUCCACCAUGGAGCAGGUGCUGACCCUGAGGCACGAGGACAUCAGGAACAUCGGGGUUCGCUUGCCAGGCCACAUGAAAAGGAUCGUCUACAGCAUCCUUGGCCUCAAGGAUGAAUGUAGCUCUCUCAGCGUGUUCGCAGUUUGA